UGCAAGCAUAGUAUAUGCAUGUAUCCACACAAAUCGUCAGUCAUAUAUACUUAGGUGACAGUACAUCUACACAAAUCUGCUCAUCUGAUACAUACAUGCACCUUCAGUGUCUUCACGCACACGGACAGGAAUACAACCUCCAUACACUCCUGUGCAUAGCCUCACACAUCAACCUACCUCACUCAUACUCAAAAUAUGUCAACAUCGUCACACAACGCCAGGAGUAUAAUCUCAAGGUUAAAGACAAGCCCUUCCUGUGCAACCCCAUGAUUCUGCAAGAUGUGGACGAUCUUACAGAGCUGAGUUAUCUGCACGAACCGGCUGUGUUGCACACACUCAGGACACGCUAUGAGAAUCAGGAGAUCUACACAUACUGUGGCAUUGUGCUGGUGGCUAUGAAUCCUUUCGCCUCGCUGGAUAUAUACUCCAAG